AUGGAAAACUACUCAUUACGAUUUAAAAUUAUCUCAUUUAAAGAUUCUGUUAAGAACAAAUUGGAUGAUACAUUAUUUUACAUUAAAAAAUUUGUAGAAUUACCAACAGAAUAUGGUGAUACAAUUAAACUUGAACAAAAUCAAAUUACACCACCAAUGGUUAUUUCUAUAAAAGAAACAUUCGAUUGGAAGAUAAAUGACGGAAAAUAUUGUCAAAUUAUUUGUUUAACUCCAAAAUCAAAAAUCAUAGCUGAUACUGUUUUAUGGUUUGAUGGCUUAUUACAUCUUAUUAAUGAUCCUAGAUAUAAUGAAAGAGUUCAUUCAGAAUUACUUUGUAGUAUGAUCCUUAGAGAAGAAUAUGGUUUUGAAUUUAGUCUUCAACCGAUUGAAAUUUCAGAAUCUGUAAUCUCUUCUUCACGUUUUGCAAGAAAAAAUUAUUCUCAUAGUAAAAAACCAAGUCAAGAAUUAAUUCUAGGUCAUUCAAUGGAAAUAAAACAAUUUAUGCAUCCAGUUCAUUGUGCUGUAUGUCAGGGAUUCAUAUGGGGUGUACAUCAUCAAGGUUUUGAAUGUUCUCAAUGUUCUCUUGUAGCACAUAAAAAAUGUCGUCAAGAUAUUAAGUUUUGGUGUCAAAAAUCAUCAAAUCCAGUAUACUCUGAUCGUCAACAUAUAUUCAAAGAAUAUGAAGCAGCAUUUGUUCGAGCUUUUGUUAGUCGUAACCAUAGUUAUUGUAGUCAUUGUGGUGCACAAAUAUUUCGAAAUGGUCUCAAAUGUAAACGAUGUAGUCUUAUAAUUCAUGAACGCUGUCGAUCAAAGGUUCCACCAGUGUGUAUAACUUCAAAUGAGCCACCACUAGAUACAACUGCGACAUAUCGACAUGUAAUAGGUGCACGUUUUCAUGGUGAAAAAAUCAAAAAAAAUCGUCAACAUUCACAAUCAUCAUCAUUUGAUUUAUCUUGGCUUGAUCCAUUACCAAAACUUUCCAUAAAAGAUCAACAAAGAAUAUUGUUACCAAAAUUUAAUGAUUUUAAAUUUAUUGGUCGUCUUGGUGAUGGUGCUACUGGUCAAGUCUAUUGUGUUCAACAUAAUUUAUCAAAACAAUACUUUGCUGUUAAAGUAGCUAAUGGAGCAAAUGAAGAAACACGACAACAAUUAGAAGUUGAAAGACACAUUUUAUUUCGUUAUAGUGAUGGAAAUCCUUAUAUUAUUAAAGCUUAUUGUGCAUUUCAUCAAGGAACUAAAUUAUUUCUUGUUAUGGAACUUAUUCAAGGCGGAACUUUAUAUCAUAAAAUUCAAACAACACGAAUGAAUGAAGAUGAAAUAAGAUAUUAUUUAGCACAACUUGUUUGUGUUAUACAAUAUUUACAUUCAAACAGCAUAAUUUAUCGUGAUUUAAAACUUGAACAUGCAAUGAUUUCUUCAACGGGUUCUAUACGUCUUGUUGAUUUUGGCCUUGGACGAUUACUAAAAACUCCUGAUGAAAUUUGUCAUACCAUGUGUGGUACUCCUAGUUACAUGGCUCCUGAAGUUCGGCGUUUAGAAGAUGGUUCAUCAAAUGAAGGCUAUAGUUAUGCAAUUGAUUUUUGGACACUUGGAAUUAUGUUUGUACAAAUGUUAUGUCAUGAUCAAAUCGAUUUUACUCCUUUAUUUUCAAAUAAUAAUGAAGACACAAUUGAACCAAAAAAAAUAACAGAAUAUUUAGAAUUACCUCGUUAUAUAAGUCUUGAAGCUCAUUCAUGUGUUGUUGGUUUACUUGAAUAUGAUCCUGAAAAACGUUUAGGUUCACCUGAUUCACCACAUGGUUCGAUACGUGAUCAUCCAUUUUUUAAAGUUGGUCAUCGAAUUAAUUGGUCAGAAAUUGAUGGAGAUUUAUUUAAACCUGGUCAUAGAAAUUCAGAAAAUAUACGUAUUGUACCUUCUACAUCGAUUAAUGAACAACUUUCGGAUUUACAAAUGGAUAGAGGACGUCGUGCUAAAGACGAUUGGAUAGCUGCUGGAGAAUCAACAUGUACAUCAGAUGAAAAUGAACGAUUGAAAUUAUUUGAUUACAUUAAUGAAUCGUCUUGGCGUGAAUUUAUUUCAUCGAAUGUUUUAUGA